UGCAAUGUUUUGGUGUUGGUGGAGGGGAACUCACGCCCCUGACCAGCCUUUCUCGCAGCCGGUGCCAAGACUCCUUGCAGCCAGCACCGCCCCUUUAAGAGAUGCAGGCUCCAGACAUUUUUAACUUUUUGAAGCACGCAAAACCGGGACGGAGUCGGGACACCGAGACACCGGAGAGCUCGGGACGGGGACCGGCCAGCACGGUCCGAGAUAGUCGCCGGCUGCAGGAACGACAGAGACGCUUUGGAAGAUAUUUCCUAUCUUGACUCAUUGAACACACUCCAACCACACACCUGCAACUUCUGGAGUGCAUCCUCUCAGCAAGAGGCUGCCUAGCACGUCGUCACUUACGCAGGGCAAAUCCUACUGAAAGCACAUCUGACCAAAGCUUUCACACCAGUUUACUUUUACAUGUAGCACAUGUAAGCUAACAUCUGGCAAGAACACAACUAUGUCCUGAUCGAGAUGGAGCUCAUAGCAGCAGAUGGUGUUUGAUACUGCAGGACCAGAGAGGCUCUACCUUAAACUGAGCAUUAUUUCCCUUCUGAGUUUCUGCACCCUCCAGCCACAUCUUUUUCUGAGUGGAGCCACUGCCACUAUGGCUUUGCAGCCCCCUCAAGACCAAACACACUCUCAACCUGCAGGUCACUGCCUUGUCCUAACAUCCAGGUGAUUUUGUUCCCAUUGAGGCAUGUCAGUGCAGCCAUUAUAUUGUACACGAGUAUAACAUGAGGUGAGCAGUGCCCUGCACCAGACAGUGCCUCCAGUGCGGGAGGAAACUUUCUCUCCAAGCACACAGUAGCUCUGCCUGCAGGCACGCAAGCAGCACCGGUAGUUAGCAAGCUAACAAGCAACAUCUGCUGCCUAUUUGGGGGCAAAGGAUGGAAAAGCCAGCAAAGAGCAGCCUACAGAUCCAGCUCCUCAAGACUGAGAUUUUCAUACUGAAAAGGGAAAAGCCUUCGGAAGAGAAAAUCCAGCAUCAAAACAAACGUUGCUGUGACUCUGGAAAGUACAAGAUGUGACUAACCACCUCUGCAGCUUUACACAGUUACUGUCCACGAUUUUUUUUUUUUUUUUUGGCCAGAUCUUUAUUUUAUUUGAAGUGCAGCGAGAGAUUGCCACCUUGUGGUUCCUUCUCCUGCACUGCCAUGUUUUUCUUCCCACAUAUUCCAGGCUAGACCAGUGGUUUCCAAACUGCUGUCCAGGGAUUUCUAGUGACAAGGGUACUAUGGACAAGAAUACCUUCCAAAUACUUAAUUAACUAAAAAAAAGCACGUCUGUAAUUCACAGUCUUCAGUUCCUAUACUGAGAAAUUUAUCACUAGAAAACCUUUCAGGAAUCUAACUCGCAAAUUAAUAAACACAAGUAACUACUGGCAUGGGUGCACAGUUACCAAACGGCAAUACACAACACAAUGGCAGUGAUGGACAAAACCCUUUACAAUAUUCCGUCUUUACAACAUUCUCAGCACCAAGAAGUCUGUGAGAAAUUCAGGGCUGAUGACAGCCUGCCAUUGCUAAAAUAUGGGAUGAUCUCAGACAGUCGUUCCCACAAGGUCCUAUUAAGAAGGAGCAGCCAUGUGCUCAUCCCCCACCUUGCAGGCAGGAUGGCAGAAGUAGGCUGUGCUGGUCCCGAGUCACUCUGGGCACUGCUUAGGGCAGCUUGUGAGAUCUGUCCCUCAGGCAGCAUAACCUGGGGCCAGGUCUGCACAAGUAGGUUACCACGCGGCUCCUUCAUCAGUCAUGCUCAGGUAGAGCACCAGGUAAUAUCUCCCCAGUGGUACUACAGGGGAGUUAGAAAGUGGACUAUCAGCAAGAGCUUGUGAAGCAGCACACAGCCCCUGUGAACACCCAGUGAAUUCAUCACAUUUGGGAAAAAAAAAAAACAAAAACAAAAACAACAAAAUAGCUGCCUCCCCCAGAGAGAGAGAGAAGAGUCUCUUGUAGCACAGAAAGGAGCACAGAUCCCCCUGGUAGCUUUUCAUGCCUGUCUGCCUGCUGACAUACUGACACAGAAAGUGACCUAUUUUCAUGGUAGCAAUAAUGAGUGAAUAAUCUGAAUUUUUCGGGCACUUCCUUUGCCUCCCUGACAUUUUCUAGCUUAUUGCUUUGCCACUACUGAGCCUGUUGCAGUUGUAAGCAAGUGCUUUCCAGUUCCCCAGCCUCCUUUCAAGUUUAUCAUGAAUGUUGGUCCAGGGAAGACACACAAAAGUUUGAGUCCCUAAGUGCAUUCUUGAGCACAUACUUCUAAAGCUGAUAAACCCUAGCAACAUUCCCCAUCAGGUCUAGACACGAGAAUAAAUGUAGCUACAAUGUGGUACAUUUGUUUCCUAGAAAGACUGCAAAUCUAACGACUACCCACCCCCCCCUUAAAAAAAACCCAAACAAACAAAAAAAAUCAAACCCCUCCCACGGGAAGAAGGGAAACUAAUUUGAACUGAAAAGCUGAAGAGUAGGACCUUGACAGAAAACAGAGGGAGGCUGAAUGCAAAUUCCAGCUCCAGAGACUGCGGGCAGAAGCCCCUCAGCGAACCCCGACCGCGCAGCGCAGGGGAGGCGCAGCCCCCGCAGCCACAGGCAGUGUACCUGGGAUGGCACCGGGAGCCAGCGCGGCCGCGGGUGGCGGGGACAGAGCUCGCUGCUCGGGCCCGCAGCCCACGCUGGCUGCCGGGGCAGGGGGCUGCCCCGUAACACCGCCAGCGCGCUCGGCGUGGAUCCGCCAGCAUCUCACCAGCUGCGGAGAGGGCGCGCGGUGCCGCCCGCCGGGGGAUGCUCCCGCUCGGGGCGGGUGGGCGAACUCCUCGGUCCCCUGCGAAGCGUCCCGCUUGGCGGCCCCGCUCCGCCGGCCCCUCCCGCCGGGGCGCCGCAGCCCGGCUCCCGGUCGCACGUGGCGCGGCGGCCGCCCGCCCCCCGGCCCACGUGUGCCGCCGCGCCGUGCAGUGCCGUGCAGUGCGGUGCCGUGCCGUGCCGUGCCGGCUCCCCGCUGCAGUCCCGGGGCGGCGGGCGGGCGCUGCGGUGCCGGCACAGGGCAUGGCGGCGACGGCGGGCCCGGGCCGCGGCGGCAGCGGCGGCAGCUGGGGCCGGAGCCGGGGCGCCGUGCUGCUGCUCUUCUUCUCGCUGUCGCCGCGGCCGCCGGCCGGGGCCGCCUGGCUGCUGGGGCUGCGGCCCGAGGACACGACGCCGGGCCGGGUGUCUCUGGAGGGCGGCGCGGUGCAGGCGGCGGAGGGCAGCCGCUUCCUCCUGCGCCUCUACUUCCAGCCGCCGCCCGAGGGCAACGGCAGCCGCGGGCCGGCGGGGGAGCGGGAGCCGCGGCUGGUCUUCAUCGAAGAGGCGGCGGCGGGGAGCACGGCGGCGCGGGGCCCGGCGGAGCGGUGCCGGGAGCGCAGCGCCUGGGCCUCGGACGUGGAGGUGGUGGGGCCGCUGCGCUCGGGCGGCGCGGCGGGCUCGGCGCUGGCCGAGGUGCGGGUGCGGGAGCCGCGCAAGGGCGAGGCGGCGGCGGCGCCGGGCGGGCGGCUCUUCUCGCUGUGCGCCUGGGACGGGCGGGCCUGGGCGCACCACGGCGCGGCCGGCGGCUUCUUGCUGCGGGUGCGGCCGGCCGCCCCGCCGCUGGGCACCUGGCUGCUGCCGCUGCCCGAGGCGGGCUGGCUGCGGGCGCUGGGCGCCCUGCUGCUGCUGGGGCUGUCGGCGCUGUUCAGCGGGCUGCGCCUCUCGCUGCUCUCGCUGGACCCGCUGGAGCUCCGCGUCCUGCGCAACAGCGGCUCGGCCGCCGAGCGGGAGCAGGCGCGGCGGGUGCAGGCGGUGCGCGGCGGCGGCGGCACCUACCUGCUGUGCACGCUUCUGCUGGGGCAGGCGGGGGCCAACGCGGCGCUGGCCGGCUGGCUCUGCGCCUCGCUGCCCGGCGGCGGGCCGGCGGCGGCGGCCGGCGGGCCGCGGGGAGCGCCCUGGCUGCCGGUGCUGCUGUGCACCGCCGCCGUCUUCCUGGGCGGCGAGGUGCUGCCCUACUCGGUGUGCUCGCGGCACGGGCUGGCCAUCGCCUCCCGCACGCUCUGCCUCACCCGGCUGCUGAUGCUGGCCGCCUUCCCCCUCUGCUACCCGCUCAGCCGCUUGCUGGACUGGGCGCUGCGGCAGGAGCUCAGCGUCUUCUCUACGCGGGAGCGGCUGCUGGAGACGCUGCGCGCCGCUGGCCCCCACGGCGACCUGGUGCGGGAGGAGCUGGCCAUGGUGCAGGGCGCGCUGGAGCUACGCACCAAGGUGGUGGAGGAUGUGCUGACACCGCUGGCCGACUGCUUCAUGCUCCGGGCCGAUGCCGUGCUGGACUUCGCCACCGUCUCUGAGAUCCUCCGAUCUGGCUACACCCGCAUUCCAGUCUAUGAGGGUGACCGGCGCGACAACAUUGUCGACCUGCUCUUUGUCAAAGACCUGGCCUUUGUCGACCCCGAUGACUGCACUCCCCUGCAGACUGUCACCCGCUUCUACCGCCGCCCGCUCCACUGCGUCUUCAAUGACACGCGCCUCGACACGCUCCUUGAGGAGUUCAAGAAGGGAAAGUCCCACCUGGCCAUCGUGCAGCGGGUGAACAAUGAAGGGGAAGGAGACCCAUUCUACGAGGUGAUGGGCAUUGUCACCCUGGAAGAUGUCAUUGAGGAGAUCAUCAAGUCCGAGAUCCUGGAUGAGACGGAUCUGUACACUGACAAUCGGAAGAAGGAGCGGGUUCCCCACCGGGGACGCAAGCCCCAGGAUUUUUCCAUCUUCAGGCUCUCAGAGAGUGAGAUGAAGGUGAAGAUCUCCCCACAGCUCCUCCUGGCUACCCAUCGGUUCAUGGCCACAGAAGUGGAGCCUUUCAAGUCCCCCUACCUCUCUGAGAAGAUCCUGCUGCGGCUCCUGAAACACCCCAAUGUCAUCCAGGAGCUCAAGUUCGACCGAAAGAACAAGAAGGCAGCGGAGCAUUACCUGUACCAGCGCAACCGCCCUGUCGACUACUUUGUCCUCAUCCUGCAGGGCAAAGUGCAGGUGGAGGUUGGCAAGGAAGGACUGCGGUUUGAGAAUGGGGCGUUCACCUACUAUGGUGUCCCUGCCAUCAUGGCUGUUGUCUCCUCAGAAAACGAUGUGCGAAAAAUGGGAAGCCUGGCAGGAUCCUCCUUCCUACUGCCUGUCUCAGUGUCCCGUACUUUCGCCUUCAGCAGAGGGGACUCCCUGGCUGGCUCUCCAGUGAACAGGUCACCGUCACGCUGCAGUGGCCUCAACCGCUCUGAGUCCCCCAACCGGGAGGACUAUGGAGGCAGCAGCACGCAGCUCCACAGCAGCAGCAACAACAUCUACACGCCCGACUACUCCGUGCACAUCCUCUGCGACGUGCAGUUCGUCAAGGUGACCCGGCAGCAGUACCACAACGCGCUGGUGGCCAGCCGCAUGGACAGCUCGCCUCAGUCCCCUGACAUGGAGGCCUUCGACAGGGACUCAACCAAGGCCUCGACUGCGCGGGGAACCCCACAGACACCCAAGGAGGACCCUGCCACCCUCCUGAAUGAGAGGAACAGCAUCAUGUGCAGCCGCUCUGAGGGGCUGCGCAGUCCCAGCGAGUCAGUGUUCCUGCGCAUGGAGGGCAUCCCCUUCAUCCAGGAGGAGCUGGCUGACAACGAGGAGAACAGCAAGCGGCAGAACAGUGAGUGCUGCGGGACCGUCCUGGAAGCAGAGUCCCCAGGUCGAGAGGCCGGGACCGGCUCAUCGCCGAGCAGCUCUGAGGAGGCGCUGGGCAAGAGGCUGCUGAGAUCCCUCAGUGGGCGCAAGCAGCGGACAUCAUCAGAAGGUGAGAAGUCGCCAGAGGAAAGCUCCAAUCUCGCCCCAUUAAUCACCUGAGCAGCAGCGUGGCCAGAGCACAGUGCUGGAGGCCCAUGCAGACUGGAGGUCUGCAGCAUGGGGGUCUCCUGCCGUGAGGCUCGUGUCCAACAGCAGGAGGUCUGCACUCGCUCGCUGCCUGUCCGCCCGCUCGUGCCGCCCCUCCCUGCAGGAUUUGUGCAGAGCCCCAUCCCCAGGCGAGAAAGGAUGUACCCCCGGCAGGGCUGAACCACGCAGGCAGCCUGGACCAGCUAGCUGGAGUCCGAGGGCCCUUGCCCUUGCGAGCCGCUCCCUGGUAGCGUCUGGUCUCAAGGAAGAAGUGGAAAAAGGAAAGGUGAAAACGUGUCUGUCACGGCAUCCCUGCAAGCAGUGCAGGGAGGGGCAGCCCAACCCAGAACUGCCCUUUAACAUAAUUUACCAUCCCCAUCCCAGCGAGGCCCGGAGCCCCGCAGCGCCGGUGCUGCAAGAUGUGGUCUCCAGCACAAGGAGAAUGUGCUAUUUUGGGGGUGCCACGCGCAGCUCAGGGCCCCAGCACACAUUUGUGCCGUGCCUGGUGACACUCCCGCUUGCAGCGCCUCGCUCACGCUGACCAUGGACACAGCCCAGCAGCCCCAAAGCCCUGCCAGGCACAGGGCAAGGAGCCCCCUCACCCCCGAGUGCAGCCCCCUCGCUGGGGAGGGGGCUCUCCAUGCCACAUUGGACCAUCCUCCUCUCCACACACGCCUGCCGCUGUGAGGAAGGCUCGCACUGAGACUUCGGGGUGGGACAGACCAGUCAGUAGUUUUUGUAGAGGCUCAACGCAACGGGGAUAUCAACAUUAAAAGUGAUUUCUCCCUGAGCGAUGCCCUCUCUGUGUCCAUGGGUGAGGGAAAGACGCUAACCCCUCCCAGCAGGCCAGGCUGCCCUCGUACCAGGGCCACUGUAACAGGACCCAGCCUCACUGAAGGGACCAAGAGAACGGGUCAGCAAGUACUGCCCAAAUUCUUGCUCUGAAGCUGGGCUCUGUCACGCCUGCUGCCAGGAGAGCACUUGGCAAGCCCAGCAGUGUAGACAAGGAAUGGGGAAAACCAGGAGUUAAUCUCAGGCCAUUGCAAACACAAUAGUGGGAUACACGUGCUGGAAUACAGCCUGACAGAUAACGACAGAAAUCUCAUAGUCCACCCAUGCUGAUAAAACUUCAGCUGGAAUAACUGCAGCCCUGUCUGGGCACUGCCCUUCUGAGAAAACACGCAGCAACUGAAAAGUGGACAGAGGAAAGCAAGGGCUGGAAAACAACCUACCCCAAAGGCUGAAGGAAAUAGAGUGACUUAAUCUUUACUGGUAAAGGAUGUGAAGGGGAAAGAGGAAGUUUUCAAAUACAAAAAAAGCUGUUGUACAGAGGAAAGGAAUAAUCUGUUCUCUGUUGCCAUGGUAAAUGGGAUAAUUGGUAAUGAGCUUACACCACAGAAAAGGAGAAAUUUAGGUCACUUGCUAGGAAAAACAAGGUUGGUAAGACUAGCAAAACACCAAUGUAGAUCACAUGGGGUGGGCCAGCCUUCACACCAGGAGGUCUGUAAGGGCAGAAGUCUAAGCAAAUAUCAUAAAUAAAAAAAUUAACUCCUCCUGA